UGGCCUACUGUUGUUGAUGUAGGACCUAUGUUGGCCUACUGUUGUUGAUGUAGGACCUAUGUUGGCCUACUGUUGUUGAUGUUGUGACCUAUGUUGGCCUACUGUUGGCUAGCAUGCUAGCAGCGAUCAGUUUCACGUCCGGUGAAACCGAUCGCCGCUAGUCCUCUUUUGCUAGCAGCUAACGGGCUAGGAUAGACUGACCAUACGUCCUCUUUUCACCGGACAUGUCCUCUUUUGCGGAGCUAUUAUGGCGGAGUUUCAUAAAUGCCUCAAAUGUCCGGCAUUUUGAGUAUUGUUUACACAACGUGCAGUACGCUACUUAAUAUGUUCGGUACACUUCCGCACCGAAACGAAACCCCCGUACCGAAAUGGUUCGAUACAAAUACACGUACCGUUACACCCCUAUUAUUUUGAUUAUUGGAUUCUUGAAAAUGGAUGAAUGGAUGAUUUAGAAUCAUCAUAAAUAAAAAUCACAAUUCGGAUGUGAAUGAUUUAUUACCUAGUAUGGUUCAUUUGUGUCAUAUACAUUUCAUUAGGGAGGACUUACUCUGUGUGCUUAUUGAUUGAUGUAUUAUAUUAUGUAUGUACUUAUUGAUUGAUGUAUUAGAUUAUGUAUGUGCUUAUUGAUUGAUUUCUUAGAUUCAUUAUGUAUGUGUUUGAUUUAUUAUAUUUGUUAUGUAUGUGCUUAUUGAUAGAUUUAUUGUAUUAAUUAUGUAUGUUCUUAUUGAUUGAUGUAUUAUAUUAUGUAUGUGCUUAUUGAUUGAUUUAUUGUAUUAAUUAUGUAUGUUCUUAUUAAUUGAUUUAUUAUAUAAUGUUAUAUAUGUGCUUAUUGAUUGAUUGAUUAUAUUUAUUAUGUAUGUGCUUGUUGAUUUUCCAGUGUCUUUAUGAGGCAUUAGUUACGUUGGUGUGUUUACAUGCUCCAUGUAACCAUGAUCUGCGAUGAGGUGGAGACUUGUCCAGGGUGUACCGCGCCUUCCACCCCAAUGCAGCUGAGAUAGGCUCCAGCACCCCCGGCGACCCCGAAAGGAACAAGCGGUAGAAAAUGGAUGGAUGUAACCAUGAUGUUGUGAUCCAAAUAGUGAUGAACAUUUCCACUGCAUUACAGCAGUGAUCUGAAGUCUUUGUACACUCUUUAGUAGCGUCCUCAGCGUAGCCAAUGAAGAUGGAGUCGGCGGCUGAGGCUCAGCAGGGGGUGGAGUCUGCCGUGACAGAGACGGAACAGCAGCAGGUGCAGAUGGCCACCUUGGCGCAGGUAUCCAUGGCAACAGGCCACGCCUCGGCCACCGGCCCCACGGUUACGCUGGUGCAGCUUCCCAAUGGACAAACGGUCCAAGUGCACGGGGUCAUCCAGUCGUCCGUCAUCCAGUCCCCACAAGUCCAGACUGUGCAGAUCUCCACCAUAGCAGAAAGCGAAGACUCCCAGGAGUCGGUGGACAGCGUGACUGACUCCCAGAAGCGGCGGGAGAUUUUGUCGCGGCGACCUUCGUACAGGAAGAUCCUCAAUGACCUCUCCUCCGACGCUCCGGCCGUCCCUCGCAUCGAGGAGGAGAAGGCGGAGGAGGACGCGGCCUCCGCACCCGCCAUCACCACCGUCACGGUGCCCACCCCCAUCUACCAGACCAGCAGCGGGCAGUACAUCGCCAUCACACAAGGCGGCGCCAUCCAGCUGGCCAACAACGGCACCGACAUGCAGGGCCUCCAGGCUCUGACCAUGACCAACACGGCCGCCGCCCAGCCGGGGGCCACCAUCCUCCAGUACGCCCAGACCAGCGACGGCCAGCAGAUACUGGUUCCCAGUAACCAGGUGGUAGUGCAAGGGGAUGUCCAGGCCUAUCAGAUCCGAGCGGCGCCCGCCAACACCAUCACCUCCGGGCUGGUCAUGGCCUCGUCACCUGCCUUGCCCGUCCAGGGCGCCACAGUAGAGGUCACCCGCAAGAGGGAGGUGCGCCUCAUGAAGAACAGAGAGGCGGCCCGCGAGUGCCGCAGGAAGAAGAAGGAGUACGUCAAGUGUCUGGAGAACCGAGUGGCUGUCCUGGAGAACCAAAACAAGACGCUGAUCGAAGAGCUCAAAGCCCUCAAAGACCUGUACUGUCACAAAACCGACUAAAGUCCACUCCAGGAACCUCACUCUGGGUCCAAGUCGCCUUUGGGUUGGUUCCAAAUCUUUGACUCCUCAGCUCUGCUUGAGUUUGUCUUUCAAUCUCUUCAUCUGCUUCCAUGAGGCUCCAACAGCACUUUUCACCUGAACCUGAGGACAUCAGGUGUCCUUUCAGGUGUCUGGGCCCACUUCGCACAUCCUUGCAGCCAAGGAAGAGAUGGUUGCUAAUAACACCGUAUGUCCUCCAAAUCAAAGCAUUUGAUUCAUGCCACAUUCCACAUCUUCAAAAAUAAUCCAAGAGAGCGCUGUGGUGUGACACGAGGCAGACCUGGAAGCAGGAAGUGGUUAGCAACUUAAAGGGGUGUACCCGUUUUGUAGAUACCUCGGUGUUGCCCUUUCAAAGUCUUCCCAAUAACACCGUGACGUGUGACGGUGUCAGACAAAAACUUGGUGUGUAGUUUAGCCUUGACUGGGUCUGAAAAUAGACGACAUCUCCCAGAAUCCUCCGACAAGGUGGGAGCGUGGAACGCCAUAAGCAGGAAGUGAAGUGUGUUCGUACUUGGAGUAGAGGAGAGGAAUUGUUUGGUUUUUUUGGGGACAUUUCCUGAAAAAAUAAUCAAAAUCCAUCCAUAACUGAGUUAUGUUGCUGACAAACAAACCCUGCUGGAAGCAUAACCCACUUGGCGGGCGCGCCACUUUUGUCUGGAGCGUUUCCAAAGCGACAGAGGCAGGCGGUCACGUGGCACUACUAGGGAAGUCACAUAGGAGUAAACUUAAAAGCUACUUGAUACAUCCUCAAUCCAUCAAUCUAUUUAUGUGGUGGGGGUGGGAGCCUAUCCCAGCUGCAGUCUGGACAAGUCACCGCCUCCUAAAGCGUCACACAGAAAUGCUAUUUGAAGCCAAACAUCAGUUUGUGAGGUAUUUACAUGACUCAAAGUUGAAUUGGUAGCUAACUUUUCUGAACAUGUCCACUGUGGAGGACACUGCUUCUCCUACAGUCAAACUAGUGACACUGUCACUUUAAACACACUUGCUUGAAUAUUUCCCAGCACCAUACUUUGAAACUGUUGCACGAGCAGUCUUCCUCAGGGAAUAGAACCCCCUGGUCACUCCCAAGUUCUUUUGGAUGAUAUAUAUGUUGAGUAAACAGGACCACCGAGACAGAAUAGUUUGACUAAAGCUUUAGGAGACCAGCCCUUACAAUGCGACAAUAGUAUCAGCAAGAAGAGGUCUAAAAGUAAGACAAAAGGAGUUUAACUCUUAUAGUGAGAAGCAUCGCCCCCUUACAGAGAGGGAUGCGCCUGCUGAUAAGAAGAGGGAACUGAAUCAAAGCUCCCUUUUGAGGAGUGAUUCAUCAUGUUUGUACAGACACUGGACGCUCUAGGACCAAAUAUGGACAUCAACAACAGAAGUAGACCGGCCGCACCAACAUCUCCAGGGUGGAAAAGUACCAGUAGCAUGAUGACACAAUACAAUGUUAUACGAAAGUAUAUCAACAAUAUAUGCAUUAUCCACCCUUGUCAUAAAUAGGAUUACAACUUCAAUUACAGCAACAUAAACAUUCCUGACACUUCAUUUGGCAAACUAUGGCAUUUUUAGGAGACAUAUAUCACAAUAAUAUCAUAGCGUGGCCUAAAUACCAGGACAACAUCGUGCUGUGACAUUUGAUGCCGAGCAGCUUCACAUUGUACACACCAUAUUGUCCUUCACAUUGUACACACCAUAUUGUCCUUCACAUUGUACACACCAUAUUGUCCUUCACAUUGUACACACCAUAUUGUCCUUCACAUUGUACACACCAUAUUGUCCUUCACAUUGUACACACCAUAUUGUUCUUCACAUUGUACACACCAUAUUGUCCUUCACAUUGUACACACCAUAUUGUCCUUCACAUUGUACACACCAUAUUGUCCUUCACAUUGUACACACCAUAUUGUCCUUCACAUUGUACACACCAUAUUGUCCUUCACAUUGUACACACCAUAUUGUCCUUCACAUUAUACACACCAUAUUGUUCUUCACAUUGUACACACCAUAUUGUUCUUCACAUUGUACACACCAUAUUGUCCUUCACAUUGUACACACCAUAUUGUUCUUCACAUUGUACACACCAU